UAAAAUCAAAUUUAUUAAUCUUCGUUCCAAAUAGUUUGAAAAUCGUUUAUUUCUAUUUGAUUCUCAGAGAAAAGUAAAAAACAUGAUAACUGAUCAAGAUAACGAUAUAGAAAGAACGAAAUCCACGGAUCCUCUUUUGGAGGCGCUCGAUAAAUUGGGUUGCGGAUCCAACUUUCUAUGGAUAAUAUUUAUUUUUACGCUCACGCCGACUAUAUUCAAUGGAAUGCACUCUAUGUCCUAUAUCUUUAUUGCAGAAGUUCCCACGCAUUGGUGCGCAAUACCAAGUUUGACUGCUGCAAAUUGGACAGAUGAAGAAAUAAGAAAUAUCUCUUCCUCCGGUUCGUGCACGAUGUAUAAUUACGAUUACGAGUAUUUCGCGCAUAUUGGAUACGAGGAAGCUUUGGAAUACAAAAUUUCUCACACCCUACCCGAGUCGAUCCCUUGCCAAUCGAGGAGCUUCGCAAACGAUAUCGAUGGAACUUCUCUCGUUCAAGACUGGGAUUUGGUGUGCGAAAAAACAGCUGAUCGUUCGAGCACUCACAUGGCUUUGUCCCUUGGAAAAUUAUUGGGCAGUGCUUUUUUCGGGAUUGUGGCGGAUAAGUAUGGUCGCAAGAUAUGUUACGCCGUUGGUAUAAUAAUGUUGAUCACGUCUGGUCCAGCCGGUGCUGUUGUACCGUGGUACUGGGCUUUUAUAAUCUCGAGGCUAAUUAAUGGUGCCAGUCACGCUGCUAUACAAUACUCAUCUUUCACGACACUUACAGAGGUAGCAAGCGAGAAACAUAGAAGGUGGAUGGGAAUCGCUUACAACACUGGAUACGCUACAGGAAUAGUCAUUGUACCGGGUAUAGCUUAUUUGUUACACGAAUGGAGACACAUUCAAUUAGCGAUAUCUUUGCCGGCUCUGCUUCUGUUAAUACAUCUAUGGUUCAUGCCGGAAUCUCCAAGAUGGCUGAUAGCGCAUAAUCGUCGAAAAGAGGCGAAGAUCUUGAUCGAUAAGGCGUCUAAAAUAAAUCAAAUUGAAAGAACGAGCACGGUAUCGUUAACCAUAAAAAAGCAAGAAUUGAGAGAUACGAAUGAUAUAACGUUUAAUCCGAAAUUGAUAUCAAACAGCAUCGAGGAUAAUUUGCACAAAAAUAUCAAAGGAUUUCAAGUGCUAAUUAGCAACUGUGAAUUACGAAAGAGAAUUCUUAUCACGAAUUUUACUUGGAUGACUGCGUCUCUGACUUAUUAUGCGUUAGCGUUAAACGUGAACAAUUUCUCAACAAAUCGUUACAUUUACGUCCUCGUAAUGGGUCUAACCGAAAUACCGGCUUACUUGAUACCAACUCCUAUUCUAAUGAUAAUAGGACGACGCCGUGGAAGUGAGAUUUUAUACAUCAUUGCUGCGCUAUGUUUAUUGUGCAUUCUAGCCAUACCGACCAGCGAAACGGAUGUGAUUAUGGUUAUAUCUUUGAUCGGAAGGUUUAGCGCAUCGGCCGCUUAUGGCAUAGUUAUUUUAUACAGCUCAGAACUUUUUCCCACGGUGUGCAGGAAUUCUGCAGUCGGUACCAAUUCCGCGAUGUCCCAUAUUGGAAGUGUGGCUGCGCCUUACGUUGCUGAUUUAUUAGGGGCCGUGAUAUGGUGGGGGCCAACAACGCUUUGCGGUGGUUUAGCGCUAAUAGCUGGUUUGUUAUGCUCGAUAUUGCCUGAAACACGUGGCAGGCCUUUGGCGAACACGGUAGACGAGGAAGUCACCGAGGGAAGAGAAAACGUGUCUUUCCACAAUUGUUGCAAGUGUCGAUGAAAAACUGAUAAAAACUUGGAUACAGUACACUGCCGAUCAAAAGUUUCGAAUCGUUAAUCGUGCACAGAAUAAUUUAGUAGAAAAGAAAAGAAUUGGAAUUCCGUUGAACUGGAUAUCUGUGAAUUGAUAAUAAAAUUAAUGAAAAUUUGAUUUUUGAUCGAUAGUGUAUCUACAUUUCGUUUCAUAUUGCUUUUAUACAAGGUAAUAUUUUAUAUAAGUUAUACGUAGUGUAGUUUCACUCGUUUACAAAGGAAUUCGAUUUAAAUCUGCCAAAUAUUUUUUACCCAAGUGUGUUGCUUUAAUUUUGAAAUGGAAAUAAAUUUGUACUGAUUUAUAAUACACA